AUGGAGCACACCCUCCUUCUCCCCCCUGCUGUAGACUGCCUCCAAAAUGAAUACCUAAACAGCUACGGUCGCACGGUGCGCAUAAUCCUGGGUGUGCUCAGCGCCCCCUUUUUUGUCUGCUACUAUUGGUCCUUUUUAAAGUGCUCCCUUAACAACCCAGGAUAUGUGGACACAACGUGGGAAGCAAAUGCAGAAGAAAAUAACAUACAGAUCGAAAAGCGGAAAAUUAGAAAUUACACCCCAAAUAAAUAUACCAUCUGUGACAAAUGCAAUUUUCUCGUGAGGCCAGAGAGGGCCCACCACUGCCGGUCCUGCAACAGAUGCGUACUGAAGAUGGACCACCACUGCCCAUGGAUAGGCACCUGCGUGGGUGAAAGGAACUUGAAGUUUUUUUUCCUCUUCUUGUCCUACGGGCUCCUCACAACGGUGUACAUGGCCGUUACGAUGAGCCCCAAGUUUAUACUGGCCCUGUACGAAAGCGAUAGUAACAAGGCCUCCCAAACGCUGCACCAUGGCGCCCUGCUGAUCACCGUCUGUGCUUCCCUGUCAAUGAUGAUAGCUCUAAUUUUCAUGAACUGCCAGUACGUCUAUUUCAUUUCUCGUAACAUCACCAUAAUAGAGUCGUCUUACACGGAUAAGAACCCCUAUGACUUGGGCACGUACAAUAAUUGGAAAAUGGUGUUUGGCGAAUUCAAGUGGAAGUGGUUCUUCCCUCUGAACCCCGAAAAUCUGUACCCUACCAAAGACUAUUUGUACCCGCUGAACGACAUAUACCUCAACAUCAACAACGUCGACAUGGAUGAUACAUUUUUAGCGAGCCAUGACGAAAGUUCGAAAGAGGAAAACGUUUGA